AUGAAAAAGGCAGGAAAAUUCGAUCAGUCAAGACUUGGUUCCAUUCCAUUACUUUCAACAAUCCAUAUACAUCGACCGAUCAUUGACAACAGCAAACCAUUUCAGAUUAUGCUCUUCCUAGGAAGAUGCAAUCAACUUCUUCAAGUUCCACUUCUUCAACAGCCAACAGUAGCAGCCACCAUUGGUUUCCGGUUCUAUUCUUCAGAUUUGGAGUUUGAAAUCAAGAGAAUUACUAAAAUAAUCAACGACCAUCCUUUUCUCGAUCAACCCAUUCAUCCAAAACUUUCCCAAAUUAUCCCUUCAACCACCAUUUCAACUUCCUUUGUGGAAAAUGUUCUUGGCCAUCUCUUUGCAUCGCACUCUAAUGGCCUUAAAGCCUUUGAAUUCUUCAAAUUCUCCCUCCAAUUUUCCCAAUUCUGUCCCACUUCAGAUGCAUUUGAAAAAACACUUCAUAUAUUAACUCGAAUGGGGAAUUUCAACAAGGCGUGGGAGUUGAUAGAAGAAAUUCAUAAAACACACCCUUCCUUGCUUACCCUCAAAUCCAUGAGCAUCAUGUUAUCAAGAAUUGCAAAGUUUCAAUCUUUUGAAGAAACCCUUGAAGCGUUUCAGAAAAUGGAAGAUAAACUUUCCGAUCACAAGCAAUUUGGUACAGAUGAAUUCAAUCUUCUCCUUCGAGCAUUCUGCACACAGAGGCAAAUGAAGGAAGCGAAGUCAGUAUUCAACAAGCUAUAUUCCCGAUUCUCCCCCACCACCAAAACAAUGAUAUUUUGCUUCUUGGAUUUAAAGAAUCUGGUGAUGUCACUUCUGUAGAGCUUUUCUACCAUGAGAUGAUUCGAAGAGGUUUCAAGCCCAACAUUGUAACUUACAACAUCAGAAUUGAUUCUUACUGCAAAAGAGGUCGUUUUCUAGAUGGGUUAAAACUUGUUGAAGAAAUGGAACAGGCAAACUGCUUGCCCACGUUAAAGACACUAACCACUUUGAUCCAUGGAGCAGGAAUUGCUCACAACACAACCUAUGCACAACAACUGUUCGAUGAAAUACCUAAGAGAAACCUACUCCCAGAUUCUGGUGUCUACAACGCCUUAAUGAAUGCUUUCAUCAGAUCACGUGACAUCGACUCUGCAACUAAAUUGAUGGAUGAAAUGGAAGCUAAUAAUCUUCUUCAUGACAACAUUACAUUUCAUACAAUGUUCUCAGGAUUGAUGAAGUCAACUGGAAUCGAUGGUGUUCUAGAGCUUUAUCACAAGAUGAUCAGUAGAAACUUUGUCCCCAAAUCAGAAACGGUUGUAAUGUUAAUGAAACUUUUCUGCAAAAAUCAUGAAGUUGAUGAUGCCAUGGGUUUUUGGAGGUACUUAAUUGAUAAAGGCUAUUGUCCACAUAGUCAUGCUGUUGAUGUUCUUGUGAGAAGCUUGUGUUCUCAUGGAAGAGUAGAAGAAGCUUUUGAAUGCUCUUUACAGAUUCUUGAAAGAGGGAGGCAUUUAAGCAAGACUUGUUUUCGUGUUUUAGAGAGACAUUUAGAGAUGGGUAAUGAAGAUAAAUUAAAAAAACUCAAUAAGAUGAUAAAAAAUCUACACACUGUUAUACCACCAUCAAAAGGGCAUGCAAAUGGUAUUUCUGGUGUAAUAUAGAGUUUACAA